AUAAAGCAUAUUAAAAAACUUAUGGAAAAGUUUUGAAAAAAAAGAAAACUUGUGAAACUUAAAAGUUUGGCACUAAAAAGCAAUAGCAGUCAAGUGCAGCCAAAAGGUGAAGCUUCAGCAGUAACAACUGCAGUAAAAAAGCAGCAACAGCAGCAGUAACGGCAACAACAGCAACAACAACAACAACAACAACAACAGCAGCUGUAAGAGCAACAACACCAACAACGACAACAUGGGAAAAAAGAGCUCGAAAUUGAAACAGGAUACCAUCGAUCGUUUAACAACCGACACAUACUUUACAGAAAAAGAAAUACGUCAAUGGCACAAAGGAUUUCUAAAAGACUGUCCGAAUGGUUUACUCACUGAGCAAGGUUUUAUCAAAAUCUACAAACAAUUUUUCCCACAAGGCGAUCCCAGUAAAUUUGCAUCGCUUGUGUUUCGUGUCUUCGACGAGAACAAUGAUGGGUCAAUCGAGUUCGAAGAGUUCAUACGCGCCUUAUCCGUCACAUCGAAGGGUAACCUGGACGAGAAAUUGCAGUGGGCCUUCCGUCUCUACGAUGUGGACAAUGACGGCUACAUAACGCGCGAGGAAAUGUAUAACAUUGUGGAUGCAAUCUAUCAGAUGGUGGGCCAGCAGCCGCAGUCGGAGGAUGAAAACACGCCGCAGAAGCGAGUGGACAAGAUAUUCGAUCAGAUGGAUAAGAAUCAUGAUGGCAAAUUAACAUUAGAAGAAUUUCGUGAGGGUAGUAAAGCUGAUCCACGUAUAGUUCAGGCGUUAAGUUUAGGUGGUGGUUAAACAAAUCAAUAGCAACGCGCAAAAACUACUCUAACAAAAAACAACAAAAACAACAACAACAAAACAUAGAAAAGUUUCUUGACAUGAACAAAAAAAAAAAAAACAACUUCAACACCGCUUCUGGUUUUUGGUUACCAUUAUAAACUCUCUCACAGAGAACUCACACAAAUAUACUUAUAUAUACAUAAAUCAAUGAAUUACUAAAAAUACCAAAUCUUUAAAGCAAUCAGAAAUCAGACUCGCCCAAAACUUGCAAAACCAAAUAAUAACAAAUAACAAAAAACAAAGGAAAGAAAAGAACAAAUUUUUUUCUCGAUUUCGCGCGUCGAUUAACAUUCAAAAUGAUAAUUUUUUGAUAUAUAAGAGUACGAAAAAAAAAAAAAACAAAAUGAUGAAAAUGCAAUUAGAACAAAAAUAUAUAUGUAAAUAUUUCAACAUAUAUAUAUGUAUUUACAAAUAUAUGUAUGUGCAUAUGUACGCAUACAUACAUAUGCGUACUUACAAGAUAUGGCUAAAAUCGAAAUCGUGGCGUAAGUAGAACGCAGUUCAUAGCGAUAAAAACUUAAAGUAAAUUACAAAAAAAAAAAACGAAGAAAAAAAACAUAACAAGUUAAUUGAAUUACAAAUGCGAGUAACGUAAAUCAAUAUUUGAGAAUACACCAAUUAUUAGUAAAACAAUAUAUAAAAACCAUAAAAAAAAAAUAAAUAAAAAAUAAAAGAAAAAACAACAACAAUCACACAAGAAAACGAAAUGCAAACGAGCGCAGCCUUCGAGACAUUUAUUAAAAUUAAUGAAAAUUAAUAUAAAAUAUUUAAAAAUAAUUGUUGAUAUACAAAAGCAAGAAACCAAAUGGAUUUAACUUGAUACCAUAAAUACUUAUACAUAUA